AAAGCCCAAAAUAACGCCCUGAUAAAAAUAGCAUUAUUUAUUAUAAAAAAAAAAAAAAACUCCGAUAUUUUUAAAACCAGUAGAGUAGGGAUUAUGGCAAGGAAGAGGGCUUUAUUCUAGAAAGUGGCUUUUUUUUUAUAUAUAGUGUUUUGCGAUAGGCUGGUGUUUACACACACACACGCCCCGGAUUGUUAAUUAUCUUUGUCUCCUCAGACCCCCGGGGUUGAGGGGGGGGCGGUUCGCCUCUCCGCCGAGCCGGUGCCGGGGAUCACCGCCUCGGGCUCCCCGCAGGCGGCCACCCCCCAGCCCGCCCUUGGGGUGUAGGAGGCGCUGGCUCCACCGGCUCCUUCCCCUCCCCGGCAGCCGCCUCUCAUUCCUCCUCCUCCUGCCCCUUCUCACCCGCUGUAACCGGUUCCUCCGGCGGGUCGCUGCCGCCGCCGCCCUCCUCCGUUCCCCCCCUCGGCUGCCCCAUCACCGCACCAUGCAGGAUGAGCUGCUCCUGGGGGUGACACAGCAGCCGCAGGCAGGCAGCGAGAGGCUGGGCAGCAGCCCCGCAUCAGGACACCCCCCUCCCGGCCACCCCUCCUCUGACUUUAAACCCAGUCUCAGCCCCCACCAGGAUUUAAACAAGCAGCAACCGCAGCAGCAGCAACAGCCGCCGCCUCCUCCUCCUCCUCCUCCUCAGCUGAGCCAGAAGAGGAAAGAGUUUAAGCAGCAGCUCAGCAGCCCAGCCCAGCUCGGCAGCAGCCACCCCCUGAAUAACCACCACCCCCCCGACUAUCAUCACCACCCCCCUCAGCCGCCGCCGCCGCAGUUCAGCCACCCCACUGACAAGUACCAGCAGCAGCAGCAGCUCCAGCUCCUCAGCGCUCACCCCCCGGAGCCGCCGCGGACCGGGGACUACCCGCACCACCGGCCCCUCGGCCCCGCCGAGCGCAAGGGCGGCGCGGACAGGGGGGGGUCGGAGCGGCUCGCCCCUUCCCGCCCGGGGGGAUCGGUGGCCGCCGACCCCAAUGUGGGGGUGGCCGCCGCCGCCUCCUGCCUGAAUCCGCCUCCGUCUCCUCCUCAUCUGCAGGCGAGAGCCAAGCCGCCCCCCAUGGAGUCCCCCCCGAACAGCCACUUGCUGGGCAGCCCCGGGAACCUCCUGCCCGGCGGGCUCGGCUCUGGCUUCAGCAGCCUGCAGAGCCCGGAGAUCCCCAGCCCCCAUCACCAGAGCGGGGGCGGCUCCUCCUCGGCGGCUUCCCCUCCUCCUCCGCCGCUGCCCGGCUUCGGCACCCCCUGGUCGGUGCAGACCUCGUCGCCGCCUCCGCAGCAGACGCAGCAGCCUCCGGUCUCCAGCGGCGGCGGCGGCGGCGGGGGGCAGAUCAGCGCGAUGCCGCCCCCGAGCCCGGAAUCCGAGACCAGCUUCUACCCGGGGAUCCCGUCAUCCAUCAACCCCGCUUUCUUCCAGAGCUUCUCGCCGGUGUCUCCUCACAACCCCUGCGCCGGGCCCUUCAGCAGCCCCUUCUCGGCCGCCGCCCCCCCGCCGCCGCCGCAGAUGAAUUUACCUCAGCAGCAGCAACAGCAGCAGCAACAGCAGAACCGGAGAUCCCCUGUGAGCCCCCAGCUCCAGCACCAACACCAGGCGGCGGCCGCCGCUCCUCUUCUGAAGCAGUCGCCCUGGAGCAAUCAGAGUAGCGGCUGGAGCACAGGAAAUAUAUCCUGGGGAGGAAUGCAUGGCAGAGACCAUCGUAGAACUGGAAACAUGGGAAUUCCAGGAACUAUGAACCAGAUCUCUCCUUUGAAGAAGCCCUUUUCUGGUAAUGUCAUAGCUCCUCCUAAAUUUACUCGCUCCACUCCGUCACUGACACCAAAAUCGUGGAUUGAAGAUAAUGUUUUCCGAACUGACAACAACAGUAAUACUCUCCUUCCUUUGCAGGAUCGAAAUAGAAUGUAUGACAGUCUGAAUAUGCACUCUUUGGAAAACUCCCUUAUUGACAUUAUGAGAGCAGAGCAUGAUCCACUUAAAGGUCGCUUGAGUUACCCACAUCCAGGGACUGACAAUCUUCUGAUGUUAAAUGCGAGGAGUUAUGGGCGAAGACGAGGCCGUUCUUCCCUCUUCCCAAUAGAUGAUGGUUUGCUGGAUGAUGGUCAUAGUGAUCAAGUUGGAGUCUUGAAUUCACCUACCUGCUAUUCAGCUCAUCAGAACGGAGAACGAAUUGAGCGUUUUUCUCGGAAAGUGUUUGUUGGAGGUCUUCCACCAGAUAUUGAUGAAGAUGAAAUUACUGCUAGCUUCAGACGAUUUGGACCUUUGGUAGUAGACUGGCCUCACAAAGCAGAAAGCAAGUCAUAUUUUCCACCAAAAGGUUACGCAUUCCUCCUGUUCCAAGAAGAGAGUUCCGUUCAGGCCCUGAUUGAUGCCUGCAUUGAAGAAGAUGGAAAGCUCUAUCUAUGUGUUUCCAGUCCCACUAUCAAGGACAAGCCAGUUCAGAUCCGUCCCUGGAAUCUAAGUGACAGUGACUUUGUGAUGGAUGGUUCCCAGCCGCUUGAUCCUCGAAAAACAAUUUUUGUUGGAGGAGUCCCUAGACCACUAAGAGCUGUGGAAUUGGCUAUGAUCAUGGACCGUCUCUAUGGUGGAGUUUGUUACGCAGGAAUCGACACCGACCCUGAGCUGAAAUACCCAAAAGGUGCUGGACGUGUUGCUUUUUCCAAUCAGCAGAGUUACAUUGCUGCCAUCAGUGCUCGGUUUGUUCAACUUCAGCAUGGCGACAUCGAUAAACGAGUGGAGGUAAAGCCAUACGUGUUGGAUGACCAGAUGUGCGACGAAUGCCAGGGCGCGCGCUGCGGGGGGAAGUUUGCUCCUUUCUUCUGUGCCAAUGUCACUUGCCUGCAGUAUUACUGCGAGUUCUGCUGGGCCAACAUCCACUCUCGGGCGGGACGGGAGUUCCACAAGCCAUUGGUCAAGGAGGGGGCUGACCGCCCGCGUCAGAUCCACUUCCGCUGGAAUUAGAACAUGGCGAACCAGCAUCUCCACAAAGGAAAGAAAGGGUGCAUGUGGCUUACUGUGUUUGGAGAUAACUGACAUGCAGAAGAAAUAAGUGCAUUCUUCUGCUUUUCACCCCAGCUAUCAAUACAUGCAUCUUUAUCAGCAGCCAAAACACUACAAAGCCUCUUGUUUUUCACCAAAACCCUACAUCUCAGGCUUACUAAUUUUUGUGAUAUUUUCAUGUUAAAAUAAAAUGUUUUUUUGUAUUUUCUCCAAGUUAUUUUUAUAUGUAAAGUUAAAACUAGAUAUGAGAAUGUUUUUGCGUAGGGGCACACAGUCUGCUGCUAUAUUUAGUGGGUGAAGCGUGCACUUAUUUCUAAACAUGGGUUUUUAACUUCAAGAUCUGCCCCAGUAAUUUACCAAAGGUAGCAAAAUAGUGAAGAUGGAAUAUGUCUGCUACAAAAAGCUUAUUUUUAUUGUUGUUGCUAUUUUCAGUGUAUACAUAAACUAAAAAUUAGGGUUGAUUUUUUGCUCUCCAUUUUGACUUGCAAGAAAUAAUACCUCAAGAUAAUCUGAUUUAUUAGCUAUUUUUAAACAUUUUUAAUCACAAGCUGUAUUAGCUUUGCUGCUAUAUAGGUGUUAUGUGUAAUGCCACCUAUUAAUACGGGAUUGAAACGUUUUAAGACACACUGCAUUACAGAUUAAAUGCAGGCAGCACAAUAUGGCCUAAACUGCCAUAGUUUUAGAAUGUGAAAAAAAAAAAAAAAUUGCAUGUUUACUUACCUGUAUACACCAUAUGCAUGCACUAGAACUAUUAAUUAACAAGAGGUGAGUUAUUGCAGAUGUUCAAAAAAAAAAAAAAGGCUCUCUUGAAACUAGGUAGCAUGAGCGAAUCUACAAAAUUUGUUACAAAAAAAAAAAACAAACUUGCAUGCAUUUAUUGUGACUGAAGUUAAAAAAAAAUAAAAAUGUCCUACAUGUGUACAAUAUGCAAAUUAGUUUUAGACUAGAAAGUGCAGCCAUUUUGUGACCUGGUCAGUAGUGGAAUUCAAUUUUAUGCAGACUGGAUGUAAUAUUGUAAUCCCUGUGCAAUUUUGUGACGUGUGCUUCUACUUAACCGUGGCGUGACGUAGUAUAGAUGCGAGUUUGAGUAACAAGCUAGCCUUUGAAAAAUUCUUUUAAGUCCCCCCAAUCCCCUGCCCCGUCCCCUCCCUCCCCUCUUCCUCCUUGAUUGUUGAUGGUUCAGAUUUCCUCUACAAACCAAAGAUGGCCAGCACACUGCUCACCAGUCACCAAAUGAGAAACCCACGGCAAAUGCAUACAAAACCCAGACUUCUGUUAAGAACGCCUAACGCUUUAGAAAUUCAAUCUUAAGUAAAAGUCAAAAUGGAGAAGGUGUUAAGAUAACGGACGGCUAGUUGCAGAACGAACUAAAUUUUUUUUUUUUUUACCUUUGAGACAACAGUGAAAUUUGGCUUAAAUGGAAAAGAAAAAAAAAAACAAAAACAACAAAAAAAAGUCUUGCUUACAUGUUUGACCUGUGUGCGUUGUGGUCUUCUGUCAAACUGGGGUCACUGUUGCAUGAAAAGUAGCUACUUUUGACAGUCAAGGAUAGUGUUUUUAUUUUAAUGAAGGAGUUCUGGUAACGACCUCGAAAAAAAAAACCAAGCGUAGUUAGGACAGAGGCAAUAUUUAACCCAAGACUAAGAAAAAGGAGAAUCUUAAGCAGUGUUUUUGUCUAUCUGGGAGCGUUUUUAAUGCAACUAGCCCUACCUUUUCAAGGGAACAAGGGGUUGUUCUGCAGGCUAGGCGAGCGCUGGAGGGGCCGAUGUUGUAAUGCAGAAUUGAGAGCCCGAUGUGUAAGAGUGGAAAGGAGGAGGGCGUUGUUGUUCCGCGCAGCCCCUUUGGGACAAUCCUUCAACGUAAGCAAAGUGUUGAUCUUAUCUUGGUUGUCUACGGUGUGCUUUUUUUGUACUGUACAAUACGUGGUUCAUGUCUAACUCUGCUGUUUUAUUGUGGUUGUGGUUCCGGUUUU